GCGUCAGUUGUUGUUCGCAUUUCACGCGUUUCGGUUGUGGUAAAACACUUGUUAACAUAGCUAAAAUAAACAAUACUUAUACUUGACUGGGAAAUAACACAAUAGGAAAAGCUCCAAAAUGAAAAUCGAUCUAUCUGUUGAUGAGGGACCGUGCAAUUCAGAUUUGCGUAGUUGGUGUUUGGGCAUAGCAAUCUAUUUUCUGGUUACCAUAUUGAUUAAUGUGAUAUUUUCGCCAUCGGUCUACACUUUUAUUGGAUUUGCAAUCACAGUCAUUGGAAAUGUGUGCCUUCUGUUCGGAUGUCUUAAGUACAAACACUACUUGGUUGGUGUCUGGUUGAUCUUCGGUCUCAUAGUGGCCAUUAACUUUCCGAUUGCCAUUUUCGGUACCAUUUUCCAUUUUGGAGGCUAUCGGGAGUCGACUGGCUUCAAUAAUGUCUUUAUGGCGUUACUCUUUCAAAUCGUUGCAUUCGGCAUCUUCUUGUUCUGCGCGCGCCUCGUCUACUCGUAUUUCCUGCAACUUAAAAAUCGUCAGUCGAGUCCAAACAGUGCAAAUGUUGUUUAAUCUCUUAAAGUGUGUCUGAAAUGCAUCGCAAGCAUUUUCACCACAAAUCUAGCCGGCAAUUAAUAAUUUAAUUUAAGAGUUGAGUGUGUACCUUUUUUUAUAUUUAACAUACGUAUUGCCUAUGCAUAUCAAUAUCGAAUGAAUUUAGCGGAGAUGUGUAAUAAAAUACAUUUGUUGUAUUGAAUUGCAA